AUGUGAACUGGGGCUCCUCCACACAGGCUCUUUCCUAUGUGAGUGCUUUAGACAAUGCUCUGGAAUUAACCACAGUGGAAGACCAUGUGAAAAAUUUCAGGCCUCAGUGCAUUGUCCUAACAGGGGAACCCAUGACAAGACCUGCUCUCCUGGACAUAUCUCACGCUUUUACCAAGAACAGUGGCCUUUGCAUCUGCUGUGAAGUCUUUGUGGGACCGCGCAAGCUGUGCGUUAAGGAGAUGAACAGUGGCAUGGCGAAAAAACAGGCUUGGCUUAUAAAGAACAAAAUCAAGGCUUUUUAUGCUGCAGUGGCGGCAGACUGUUUCAGAGAUGGUGUCCGAAGUCUCCUUCAGGCCUCAGGCUUAGGAAGAAUGAAACCAAACACUCUGGUGAUUGGAUAUAAAAGAAACUGGAAGAAAGCUCCCUUGACAGAGAUUGAGAACUACGUGGGAAUCAUCCAUGACGCAUUUGAUUUUGAGAUUGGUGUGGUCAUAGUCAGAAUCAGCCAAGGUUUUGACAUCUCUCAGGUACUUCAGGUGCAAGAUGAAUUAGAGAAAUUAGAACAGGAGAGACUAGCACUGGAAGCCACUCUCAAAGAUAAUGAGUGUGAAGAAGGAAGCAGAGGCAUCCGAGGCUUGUUCAAAAAAGCUGGCAAGUUGAACAUUACUAAGCCAACUCGUAAAAAAGAUGGUAGCAUUAACACAAUCCAGUCGAUGCAUGUGGGGGAGUUCAACCAGAAACUCGUAGAAGCCAGUGCUCAAUUUAAGAAGAAACAAGGAAAAGGCACAAUUGAUGUUUGGUGGUUGUUUGAUGAUGGAGGGUUAACACUCCUUAUCCCGUAUAUCUUGACUCUCAGAAAAAAAUGGAAAGACUGUAAAUUAAGAAUCUAUGUCGGAGGGAAGAUCAAUCGCAUUGAAGAAGAAAAAAUUGCAAUGGCUUCCCUUCUGAGCAAGUUUAGGAUAAAAUUUGCAGACAUCCAUAUCAUUGGUGACAUCAAUGUUAAGCCAAACAAAGAGAGCUGGAAAGUCUUUGAAGAGAUGAUUGAACCAUAUCGUCUCCAUGAAAGCUGCAAAGAUUUAACAACUGCUGAGAAAUUAAAAAGAGAAACUCCAUGGAAAAUUACAGAUGCAGAACUGGAAGCAGUCAAGGAAAAGAGUUGCCGCCAAGUUCGACUGAAUGAACUCUUACAGGAGCACUCGAGAGCUGCCAAUCUCCUCGUUCUGAGCCUUCCAGUGGCGAGAAAAGGAUCCAUAUCAGAUUUGUUGUAUAUGGCUUGGCUGGAAAUUCUCACAAAGAACCUCCCUCCUGUCUUACUAGUUAGAGGAAAUCACAAAAAUGUCCUGACAUUUUACUCUUAAGGAAUGAAAGAUUAGAAUUUGUUUUAACUUAAUGUAUGAAUAAUUAAGAAACAUGUUCCAGUACUUUAUGUUGUAAAUCUGAUCGAUGGAUACGCAAACCUCUAGAGA